AAAAACCAAUUGCACCAAUUAUCAAAUGGUUAGUAUUGAAGCGGAAUAGUAAUGGUGGAUUUGCGUCGACCUUCGAAACUGAGGUGGGACUGCGCGCCUUGGCCACCUAUGCCGCCAAGUACAAGGAAAUGGAUAGCAGUUUGAAGAUUGAUGUGCUUGCGCAAGGGCAACUGCUACAAACCUUCGAAGUUGGUGAAAACAGUACAGAUCUUAACAAAAAAAUUCAGCUUCCCAAGCAUAUACGAGAAUUAGAAUUCAACUCAAUUGGCAAGGGCAAAGCAACUUUACAAAUUAAUUAUCGCUACAAUAGCUUGAUACCUGAGAAAAUCGUUUUCGAAGUAAACUCCUCGAUCUCCAAUCCAUCGGCUAUAAGAAAAACUUUGGAAAUCUGCGCACAUUUACAUUCCAUUCAUGUGGAACGCACUGGCAUGGCGGUUAUGGAAGUGAACUUGCCGACUAGCGAACAGGUAGCGCCUAAUUGCUGCAACCUCAGCUAUACCAAGCGAACAAAGAUGAUAAAACGGUCAAAAUCUAAUCAAAAACUGGACAUUUACUUCGAGGGAUUCUCAAAGGAUUCUAGUGAUUGUCUACAUAUACCAAUGGUGAAAGUUUAUAAUGUAACAAAUCAAAAAGCAGGUUCAAUUGUUAUUUAUGAUUACUAUAAGAAAAAUUCUAUGGAUAAAUACUUUUAUGAACUUUAGACGAAAAAAUUAAAUAUUUAUGGCCUUAUUCAUAAAAAAUACAAUAGGUUUAAAGAG